UUUCCCGCCCUUCACUCCUACGAUCCCGUGUAUGGGAAGAGUCAACAAACUGGUGUUUCAAGUGUGAUUUUACUUUGAUAUUAUUUUCUAAUCUCCGGACCUUCAUCACCAAAUAAACCAUGCCUGCCACACAGGACUGGAUUAAUGACCCUCUGGGGGUUGUUGAGGGGAUGUUUGCUGCUUCCCAGAGUAAUCCAAACUCUGGAUGGGGGGCAAAAGCCCUGGAGUUUUUCAAAGACCGGCUGAAAGAGAAGGACGCUCACACCUUGGUCCCAUCACUAAACGACAUCCCCAUGCACUACCUGAAGCCCAACAGCCUCGUGAAAUUUCGCUGUUUCAUCCAAGAUAUGUUUGAUCCAGAGUUCUACAUGGGAGUGUAUGAAACUGUCGAUCCAACCACAAAGGCUAAAAUGUUGCGAUGUGGGAAGUAUAAAGAUGUGACAGAAUGUGGGGUGGAUUUUAACUCUAGAAACAAUGUGACUGCAGAGCGACAGACUUUCUACUGUGUGCCAAUCCCCGGCGAAAAUCAAUGGGUCAAAGAGAGGUACGCCAGCAUCAGCCAAGCAAGAGUGGUGCCUUCCACUUCGUAUGCGCCGAGCAGGCAGAAACGAAGCUACGAGGAAGACGACGAGAUGGACACGCAGCCACAGAAGCAGAGGGAACCGCAUGCCGGGCCUCACAGUCCCACAGAACAUCACGGCAACGGCGACUGUAAACGGCAGGAGACAGAAGCUCCUUCCAGCCAGACGACGUCUGCCUCGCACCUCGACCUCAACUUCCCCCUGCCAGGAGAGAAGGGCCCUUCCUGCCUAGUCAAGGUCUAUGAAGACUGGGACAGCUUCAAACUGAACGACAUGCUUGAGGUCUACGGGAUCCUCUCCGUCAGCCCCGCUCUCAGCGCCUUAGCCGACGAGAAAGACGCCUCCUCGAGUCUCCUGGAUCCCACGGAGUGCAUGGAGACAGCAGAGGAGCAGAGGGUGCACUGCCCGCCAGCGUCGCUCGUUCCCCGCCUCCACGUGCUCUACGCCAAGCAGCUGCAACACAACAACCCCCUGCUGCCCUCCGCCGCCACCUUGGAGGACAACAGUGCUUUUUUAUCUUCGACCCUGAACGAGAUGCCCUCCGUCAGGGAAGAGCUGCUCACAUACUUCACUCAUGUGCUCCUGGGUGACGCUCUGGCAGCUGAGUACCUCAUACUACAUCUCAUUUCUAACGUGUACACGAGGCGGGAUGUUCUCCCGCUGGGCAAGUUUACCUUGAACUUGAGUGGCUGUCCUACUGUUGCCUCAUACACUGAGCGCCUUCAUCAGAUCAUCCAGCAGCUCGUGCCUGCUUCACACUACUUGGGCAUGAGUCUCCAGAACAUGAACCAGAUGCGGUUGGUGCCUAAGAAGGAUUAUGUGGCAAACCGGCUGGUGAGCGGAGCCCUGCAGCUGGCCAAAAACACUUCCCUCUUCCUAGAUGAAACACAGCUGGAGCAGGGACAGCUGGACACAACGGGUGUGCACAACGUCACGGCCCUGGGGAACCUGAUCUCGUGGCAGAAGGUUGAUUAUGACUUUAACUACCAUCAGAUGGAAUUCCCCUGCAAUAUUAACGUGCUCAUCGCGUCAGAGGGCCGCUCGCUGCUGCCGUCUGACUGUCAGAUACACCUACAGACUCGGGUCGCUCCAUCCCACCUGGAGGAGUAUCUCAGUGGUGUGCACGUGCUUUCGCAGGCCUCAUCGCAGCUGAACAAAUUCAGAAUCUACCUGAGCGUGGCUCGGCUGCUGGACUACAACAUCUCAGAUGAGGUGACAAAGUCAGUUGAAGAUGACUUUGUAGACAUGAGGAAGGACGACCCCCAGAGUAUAUCUGCUGAGGACCUGCACAGGAUGCUCGUUGUGGCGAGAUUGUUGUCUCUGAGCCAGGGUCAGACCUCUCUGUCCAGAGACAGCUGGCUCAGAGCCAAACACAUCGAGAUGCUGCGGAGGGGCCGGAUGGAGCAGCACAAGUGUGUCAACGGCAACGAGCCAUGAUCAGAAGCAAAGCAGAUAACUUUUGUUUGCUUUUUUUCCCCUUUGAUAUCUAAACUGUUUGUAAUAAAGAUGUUUUUCAUUUGCCAUAUAGUUAAGGUGUUCACAAUUUUUCUUUACUGUGCUGAGCUGCAUAUAAGAUUUUUUACUGUUGUAUAAGAACAUGUUUAUUUUUUUUUUUGCCUUAAAUUUAUAGUCUCUUGUUGAGUUCACAUUGGCAGUUUAGCUCUAGACCGAAAGGUCUGUUUACAAAAAAGAUUACAUUUUCUAUCUUUGAAACUAUGUAAAUAAAGCAACAAGAUCUG